AUGGAAGACAAUGAAGAAGAUAAUGAUGAUGAUAACAUCCCAGACUGGGCUCACUUGUAUGAAGCAGGUGCCUUUGAAGAUGAACCAAUGCAUGAGGCAGAAGCAAAUGCUGCAGAAGAACAACAACCACCUGACGAAUUAGAAAGGAUGGAAUUCAAUCUUAAAAUGAGAAAUGCUACUUCACUUCAUUUGCAUGGCGUGUUAUCUGAUACAGAAUCAAUAAUCCAAAUGGAAGCCACUUUGGGUGUGGAAUGUACAACUCCACAAAAAUCACAGAGUGUACCAUUCGAUAAUUUGUCCUUCACGUUGGAAAGUGAGAAUAGCACUUUGGGUAUGGAGAAUGCAACACCACAAAAAUCAUGGAGUGUGCCAUUGUGUGGAUCAUCUUACACACCAGAAUGUGACGACUCUUUAAAGCCAGCAGUUGGCAUGACAUUUGAGGACAUAGAUUCAGCCAAAGAGUUCUAUAAAACCUAUGCGGCACAUGUUGGGUUUCCGGUACGUGUGGAUCAGCACAAGGCAAAGAAUGGUUUGGUGACGAAUAAGCGUUUCUACUGCUCAAGAGAAGGGUUCCGUAAGGCUAAAGAUGAGACACAAUCUGAACCUGAAUGCAGUGGGAAAAGGAAAUGUGAAAGGAAAAUCACACAAUGUGGAUGUCUAGCAAUGAUUGCUCUCAAGCGGACAAAGGAAAGUAAAUACAUCAUAACCACUUUUGUGGAAGAGCAUACACAUGCGCUUGUCUCACCUAAUAAGCAGCAUCUCAUAAGAUCAAAUAGAGAAGUUGGCGAGAAGGUCAAGAUUACAUUGUUCAAUUUUCAUAGGGCUAGUAUUGGCACUUCAGAUGCAUAUCGUUUCCUUCGUGUUGGCCUUGGAGGUUUUGAGAAUGUUGGGUGCACAUUAAGGGACCUACAAAAUUAUCAUGGGAAGUUAAGGUGCUUGAUAAAGUCAUCGGAUGCUCAAAUGUUUGUUGACCAAUUGAGCAGAAAGGCGCUUGCAAAUCCAGCAUUUUAUUUUGAUUACAUCAUCGAUGAGAAGGGCAGGUUAGUCCAUGCAUUUUGGGCAGAUGCCACUUGUAGGAAAAAUUAUGCUCAUUUCGGGGAUCUAGUAUCUUUUGACUCUACAUACAGCACGAAUGAGUAUAAUAUGAUAUUCACACCCUUCACUGGAAUCAACCAUCACAAGGCAAAUGUGUUGUUUGGGGCUGCAUUGCUAUCAAAUGAGAAGAUUGAUUCCUACACAUGGUUGUUUAAGACAUUCUUGAAUGCAAUGGGUGGUGUUGAACCUGCUGUAAUUAUAACUGAUGAAGAUGCCAGCAUGAAGAUUGCCAUACAAAAUGUUUUCCUAACAUCAGUCCAUAGGCUAUGCAUGUGGCACAUACUGCGGAAGGUUCCUGAUAAGGUUGGUCCUGACCUCAAGGAGGAUGACGAUUUCCAUGCUUCUCUUAGUUUAUGUGUGUGGUCGUGCGAAACACCAGAAGAAUUUGAGGAUCGAUGGGCAAGAAUUAUGAUACAAUAUGGAUUGAAAAACCAUGAGUGGUUUGCUGGGAGGUUUGAUAUCAGAUCAUCAUGGGUACCGGCUUACUUUAGAGACAUUCCUUUGUCAGGGCUUUUGAGGACCACUUCUAGGUCGGAAAGUGCCAAUUCUUACUUCUCUCGUUUCAUUGGGUUUAAGCAUGCUUUGGUUGAGUUUUGGCUUAGGUUUGAUACUGCCUUGGAAGAUCAGCGGCAUAAGGAGCUAGAAGCUAAUAAUGUGACUCUCCACACAACCCCUGUCUUGAAAACAUCAUGGGGAAUGGAAAAGCAUGGUAGUGAGCUCUUUACCCAUGAGGUCUUUGAGGAAUUCCAGCAGGAGCUGCUAGCUGCUAGAGAGUAUUGUGUCUUUGAAAGCAUGCAAAAAGAUGGGGACUUAAAAAUCAUGAGAGUAGCUGAUAAUUCCAAAAAACUAAGGCUGGUACAGCUCAAUACAUCCACAAUGUUUACUUCCUGCUCAUGCAUGCUCUUUGGAACGCACGGCAUACCAUGCCGGCAUAUUAUCCAUGCCCUUAGAAGUGCCAAGAUCGAUGAACUCCCAAGCAUGUAUGUACUGAGAAGGUUUAGGAAGGACUGCAAGAGAGAAUCUGUAUUGAGUGCAGAUGGUAUCUUGUUGGAGGAAAGGGCCAAUAGUCCGGUGAACCCAGUGCUGCAAAAAUUAAUUUCAGACACAUCCAAUAAGAUAGAAUCUUUGUUCGUUCAAGCUAAGAAUUCACUUGAUGCUAUGCAAAUUUUAAGGGACGGUGUGUUUGCACUUGGGGACAGAAUAAGCGAUAUGAUUCCAGCCAAAGAACUAAGUAGAACUAAAGAGUUUGAAGACUUUUUAGGAUGUCCGAUUCCGAUGCAAGUUGAAAUCCAUCCCCCCAAUGAUAUCCGCUCAAAGGGAAGGAUCAAACGAAUCAAGGGGCAUGCUGACAAGGGGCGACAACAAAACAAAAAUGAGCAAAGAAAGAAGAAAGUGCUACAGCCACGAAGGUGCAGCACAUGCAAGAAGGUCGGAUUGCAUGAUCGUAGAACUUGUCUCGAGAAAACAAACAACCAAUGAGCUAGGUUCUUCUUUUAUUCUUAACCAAUCUCUCUAUAUUAAGUGUUUCAUACAUUAUCUCCUGCUAGUAACUCAAUCACAAACUCUGCUUGCAGACUUACAGUUGGAGGGAGCAAGGUAGUUUGGAUGCUGCAAUGUGAAAAGGAGUGCUGCUAUGAAGCUGUCUUGCUUUUGUAUGGGUAGUACUAGUACACUAAAUAAAUGCACCUCAUGCAAGCCAAGUUUGUAUGAUUGUAUAUUGCUCGUCGCAGACAUUUAAUGUAAUUAAGAUUUGAUGUACUAUAAAAAUACCAUUUAGUUGUAACCUUGAGCCAUAGCAAUACUCCAUGGUUUCCAGGUUCAUGUGA